AUGAACUCUUCUAUCAACGACUGGCCACUAUACCUCAAAAAAGUUUUCAAUCACCUUACGCCAGGCGGAUACUUCGAGCUUCAGGAGGCCGACCUCUUUCCCACGUCAGACGAUGGGACCUUGAAGGAUGACUCCCCUUUGAUGAAGUGCACGGAUCUGAUGUACGAAGCUUCUGUGAAGUUUGGACGCCCAUUUCAGCAGAUCCCGCCUCUGGUUAGAAUGAUGGAAGAUACUGGCUUUGUUGAUGUGAAGUUGAAUAGGUUCAAGUGGCCGACAAAUUCCUGGCCUAAGGACCCUAUAUAA